AUAAUAGUGACACAACAUGCGAUUCGUUUUGAUAACUUUAAACAUAUCAUUAUGUUUGAUAUUAACAGUGUUCGGUCGACCCGAAGUGUCCAAAUUGAACGAAAUAACAUCCAAAAAAUAUCCAAAUAACAUAGAAGAAUAUUUAGAAGAUGAAUUGGAUGAAAAUACACGAGCGAAGAAGUCGACCAUAACGACGUUUUGUGUAGAAAUUAGACCUGCUGAUGAAAAGCCUUAUCGAGUGUGUGAACCAGUGACAGAAAAAGGAGGUUACGGCAACCCAACUCCGUAUUUUCAACAAAAUGGCGGUUUUGAACAUUCAAAAUCAGAUGUAUCCUUCAACUCCGGCUCCUCCGUUCAAAGCAAACCAGCAUCAGCAGCUUAUUUAGCACCAGUGAAAACCUAUCAAUCUUCUGGAUCUAGUACCGCUUCAAAACCCUCGUAUGGUACAUAUAGAUCCACCAAACCAGAACGAGAAGAAGAACCUGAAAAAAUGAAUCCAGCAAUGGCAUCCAAGGCAGAAAUUAUAGAUAAAGUUGUAAAUAUACAAGACAGAAUGUCAGAGGUAAUGCCAACUUUAACCCAAGAUUCUACGGUUCGAAAAAAUCAAGAGUCUAACGAUAAAGAUCAGGAAUCGGAUUCAAUGAGAACAUCUCAUCAUCAAGAAUCUUACAGUUAUGGAUCUGGAUAUGGUAGUCCAUCAUCUAUGGUACCAGUGACUCCAACUCAUCAUGGACAUAGUGGUUUGGUUAUUACUUGUCAGCCUAAUCUAGCAGGCUAUGCUCACAACAUUCCAGGAUCUUAUCAUGAAAGUUCUAGCCACGGAGAUGGCGUCCCUACUUACAACUAUAGAUCUGCCAGUGCAAGUUACGGAAGACCUUACCAACCCUACAGACUCCAACCUCAACAAUAUGGUAAUUAUAAGCCAUAUAAUCCAAGACCAGUAUAUAGACCUCAAGCUCAAAUAUACAAAGGACCCAUUUAUUCAAAUCCUUAUUCCCAUCCAUCCACUUCUCCAAAACCUUCUCAUGCCUACAAACAGCCAGUAGGUGUGGAGUCUGGAGACACUUCCAUCUCUACCACUCACCCCAUGACCAAUGAAUAUUCUGCAUACCAACCACAAGUACCACCUGCACCUUUACCACUAUCUCCUCCAUCUCAAGCACAACAACCAGCACCACCGACAAACUACCAACAACCCACAAAUUACCCACCAGCUUCAAACUACCAACCGUCCGCAUCAUAUUACUCCCCUCCACCUGAAACUCCAGCUCCAGAAUUCAAGCCUCCUUCUAGUUAUUCUUCAGCUUAUGUACCACCUCCAGCAUAUAGAACAGCUGGAGAAGAGCAUUUGGAAAUUGCAGGAAAAAUGGACAAAGAAGCCCAUACUUUAAUGACGAUGGAAAAGAUUUCGGAAAAAAACGCAGAAAAUAGUCACUGGGCAAGUGAAAUUCAGACUUCCAAAGAUACCGAAGCUAGAAAAGCAGAUCAAAAUACUUGGAGAGAACCCGAAGGAGGUAACUGGAGGAUGGCAUCAGAACAGAAAGGCUUUGAAAUGAAUAAAGAUAGUGGAGAACACCCUCAAGGUCUCGAGGAGCCAGCAGAUCAAAGUGCAAUGAGAGAAGCCGUAGGAGGUGAUUGGAGAAUGGCACCGACAAAAAAAACCUUUGAAAUGAGGGAUGAUUCAAUGGACAAAGAUAGCGGAGAACAUGGAUUACAAAAUUGGGAUCACUUAGCAACGGCUAAUUUCAAAAACACAGAUAACUCACAAGGUCUUAUGGAAAAAACAGAUAAAAUUAUGAUGAGGGAAUCUGAUACACUAGGAGAUAGUUGGAGGAUUCCGUCGCCACAAAAAGGACUUGAAAUGAGAGAUGAUUCAAUGGAUCACUUAGGAGCUAGUUUCGGUAACACCCAAAUUAUUCCUGAAAAGGAUCUAGGAUCUAGUGAAAAUAUUAUUGAAAAUACUUUGUAAUUUGUAUAAUUGUAUAGUAUAAUUUAUUAAUUUUCGUUUAUUUAUGAAUAAAGAGUUUUUUUUUAUAAAA